AUGGAUGAGCUAGAUGCGUUAGCAAUCCAUCGGUUUCGAAAUCAAGUAGAAUAUGCAGCGAAGUUUUUCGGGCGUCUGGCCGAGUACGACUACAAUCGCGUACUCACUGAUACCCAAGCAGAUCUCUCGAUCGAAAGACUGCGCUCGAAAAAAUAUCUCUUAACUGAGCUACAUUCGACCCUGCUACCUUCACUCCAAUAUCACAUCACCAGUCUUUCGCAAGUUCUGGGUGACUCAAACGCCGUGCGGCUAAAUCCGGGGUACAUCAUGCCCCUCGUGAUAGUGAUCCAACCAAGCCUUGAAAUGACUUUGGAUCGAAUAAUUUGUGUCAUCAAUGACAUCAUCCCCGGAACACAAUACGAACCGACCCUAACGAAUGACCAGCACUUCAAAGAGCUCAAACGCCAUAGAAUCCGCGGUUUGGAUUUGUCGAUUAGGAACGAAUUGAAAACCAACCUUGGCUCGUUUCUUUUGGAUUGUCGUCGGGUCAUUGAAACACUCAUGCUCCCAGCCGACGACCACACUCACGUAAGAGCUCCAUACGAUGGUCAACUCUUGUGGUCGAUCGAGUCCGUCGUCAAAUGGUCAAAGGCACCCGAAUUACAUCCAAUUUAUGAUCAGUGGAAAGUUGCGCUACAAAACAUCGAUUUUGCGUUGAAUGACGCUUUCUUCAUGGUGGUACCAGAUCAGGGACUUUUCGCGGAAUCAGUGAUCGAGCUCCUCCAAUCGUUUAUACCAGUCCUCAAACUAUCCAGAAAUGUCUUCUCAUCAACUCGCUUCAUUAGACGAAUCAGCUGUCAAAAUGGGUAA